AUGAAAGAAAUUAGAGAAGUUUGGGGUUCCAAUGUUGAUUCAGAGCUGCAGUUCUUUGAUCAGUGUUUAGAGCGAUUUAAUUUCCUUUCUUUUGACACUGAGUUUCCGGGUUUUCUUCAAAACACUCCCCGAGAUGCGCCAGAGUCUCUACGCUACAGUGAUUUGAAAUUUAAUGUGGAUUUGAUGAAGCUUAUCCAGCUGGGCAUCACACUUUCAGAUGGUAAGGGUAAUAUAUGUUGUACAUGGGAGUUUAAUUUCAGUGAUUUUGAUUUGGAGAGAGAUCUACAUUCCGAAGGAUCGAUCGAUCUUUUGAAGAACUGUGGAAUCAACUUCGAAAAGAUCAGAAAGUAUGGGGUUUCAAGCGAAGUUUUUGUGCCCAAAUUCUUGCAUAUUUUGUCAAGGCACAGAAAUAUAAAGUGGGUGACUUUCCAUGGCCUCUAUGAUUUGGCCUAUGUUCUGAAACUGUUAAUGAACAAACCUAUGCCAAGAUCUUUAUUUGAGUUUUUGGAAGUGGCGUCCAUGGUAUUCGGGUGUGUGUUCGAUAUAAAAUUCAUGGCGAAACACUGUAAUGGGUUACUGGGUGGUGAGAUUGGAUUGAAUAAAGUGGCGAAAAUAUUAGGCGUCGAGAGAAAAGGUGCAGCUCACAACGCUGGUUCUGAUAGUUUCCUCAUUGCCACUAUUUUUGCAAAAGUGAACAUGAUGCCCGGGUUUCAAGAAAGAGAUUUUAGUGGAUGUUUAUACGGUAUCAGUUCUCGUAUUGGAAGACUUAUGGAGAUGGUUCUUCCUUGCUAUUCUCAACUUAUGGUUGUAGCUCCGGCCAGGCCUCCUCAAGCAGUCAUCUUUUGUCCACGACUAGUUAUUUGUCCACUUCCAGUUAUUUGUCCUGCAACGGUGACCAUUCUAUAUAACGUAUGA